AUGUCUCCUCGUAGAGCUAAUUCCAGGAAUGGGAAUGCCAAGAAUUCAAAUGCAUCUCCUCCAUUGCUAGAUCAGGAAGUCUCCAAUGCUGACUUCAGGAACACCAUUCAGAUGGUUGGCAAUGUGGCAUAUGAGUUAGAGUUCCCAGGAGAACUAGCAGUAGUGCAUCCAAUAUUCCACAUCUCACUCUUGAAGAAGUGUAUAGGUGACCCAGCCUCUGUAGUGCCAUUCCAUAGUGUGGCGGUUAAGGAUAAUCUUUAUUUUAAGGAUGUACCAGCUGAGAUUAAUGACUAUCACGUUUUGAAGGUUGAGAAACAAAGAAGUCUGUUCAGCCAAGGUUCUGUGGAGGAGUUAGCUACUUGGGAAGCAGAAGCAGCCAUGAAAGCCGAGUAUCCUCACCUUUUUCCUUCUAAUUCCACUUCAUAUUGA